AGAGCCCUCUACAGGGACGUCAUGCAGGAGAACUACGAGACAGUGACCUCGCUGGGAUUCCCCCUUCCCAAACCUGACCUGAUCAGCCAGCUGGAACGAGGGGAAGAGCCGUGGGUGCCCGAUCUCCAGUCCUGUGAGAGAAGAGAGAUCCCGAGAGGUGCCCACACAGCAGGUGACGAGACAGUGAGUGAGAACGAAGAGGGGAAUCAAGAGAAGGAAGUUCCUGGGCACAGAGAAUCACAGGGGAUCUUUUUGGGAAGAGCUGAAGGGAAUUUUUCCCAGUGCUUGGAACAGGGAGAUGAUGGGGAAAAUUGGCGGAGGUCAGAGAGGCUUCCGGGAAACCACUCAAGGAAGCAAAUGGAUAAAUCUAUUAUAUGUGGGGAAGGACACAGCGAUCCCACAGCCCGACAGACAACCUCCAAGAAAGACAAAAGCUAUGAAUGUCCUGGUUUUGGGAAAGGAAUCGUUCUGAGACCACAGCUUGUUACACCUCAGGAAAUCCAAACUGAAAAGAAAUCACGUCAAUGCUUGGACCGUGAUCUUAAGACCCGCUCAGAUCUUAACCAUGGGAGAAGCCACACAGGAGAGAGACCCUCUCAGUGCCUUGAGGGCAGGAAUUAUUUAAAUUUGAAGUCAACACUGAUUACACAGGAGACAGUCCACACUGGAGAGAGACCCCAUAAGUGCUUAGAGUGUGGGAAAAGUUUCGUAUGGAGGUCAGCCCUACUUAGUCAUCAGGCAAUCCACACUGGAGAGAGACCCCAUAAGUGCAUAGAGUGUGGAAAAAGUUUCAUACAGAAGUCACACCUUGUUGCACAUCAGGCAGUCCACACUGGAGAGAGACCCCAUCAAUGCUUAAUCUGUGGGAAAAAUUUCAUACGGAGGUCACACCUUGUUGCACAUCAGGCAGUCCACACUGGAGAGAGACCCCAUAAAUGCUUAAUCUGUGGGAAAAGUUUCAUAUGGAGGUCAGGCCUUGCUUUUCAUCAGAGAAAACACACGGGAGAGAGACCUCAUAAGUGCUUAGAGUGUGGAAAAAGUUUCAUAGAGAGGUCAGGCCUUGCUAAACAUCAGAUCAUCCACACAGGAGAGAGACCUCAUAAGUGCUUAGAGUGUGGAAAAAGUUUCAUAGAGAGGUCAGGCCUUGCUAAACAUCAGAUCAUCCACACAGGAGAGAGAUCCCAUAAGUGCUUAGACUGUGGGAAAAGUUUCACAUGGAGAUCUGCCCUCGUUAAACAUGGGAGAAUCCACACUGGCGAGAGACCCCACAAAUGCGUAGACUGUGGGAAAAGUUUUAUACAGAGAUCAGCCCUUCUUCUUCAUCAGGCAGUCCACACUGGAGAGAGACCCCAUAAAUGCUUAAUCUGUGGGACAAGUUUCAUACGGAGGUCAGACCUUGUUAAACAUCAGGAAAUCCACACUGGAGAGAGACCCCAUAAGUGUUUAGACUGUGAAAAAAGUUUCGUACGGAGGUCAACCCUACUUGCACAUCAAAAAAUCCACACCGGAGAAAGACCCCAUAAGUGCUUAGACUGUGGGAAAGGUUUCAUACGGAGGCCUGACCUUGUUAAACAUCAAGCAAUCCAUACAAGAGGGAGACCAUAAGAGUCCAGAAAGAGUAUAAAUGGUAUUGGGACCAUUCCAAGAAAUAGAGACUAGAGCUUUGAAAUGUAACCUGGUGUUGUUAAGAAACUGAAAGGAGAUAGUCGUGCUGUUGAUUAAUUGCAAUUAACUCAAGUAAUUAACUCAAAAAAAAUUCAUUGUGGUUAGAAAUAUUAAUCUUGAUGAGUCACAUUGUUAAAUAAUAGAAGAGUAAUUGGAAUUUUUUUGGAUGUUUUUCUACGUUUUCUUAUAUAUUGAUUUCUAUCACAACAAAGAAUAGAAAGUGUACAGUGCUCACUUUACAUUAUUUUUAUUACAAAUAUUUGUACUGUAAACAUGCAAAAUAAAAAUAGUCUUUUUUCCAAUUCACCUCAUACAAGUACUGUAGUGCAAUCGCUGUAUCAGGAAAGUGUAGCUUAAAAACAGAUUAUUUUACUUACAUAAGUGCACUCAAAAAUAAAGCAGUUAAAAAUUUAGGACUAGAUGUCUACUGUUUAUUUUCUGCCGAUCACUAAAGCAAACAAGUUUGUUUACAUUUACGGGGGAGAAUGCUGCCUGCUUUUAAUUUAUGAUGUCACCAGAAAGUGUGAGAAGGUGUUCACAUGGCAUGUUUGUAGCUGGCCGUGCAGGUAUUUAUGUGCAAGAUAUGCUAAACCUGCGUACGUCCCUUCAUGCUUCAGCCACCAUUCCAGUGGACAUGCUUCCAUGCUGAUGAU